GGUCUCCUGUGCUGGUGCAAAAGAAAACCCGAGCAUAUUCUGUGUAUUAUGUCCCGCCUUCUUUAGAUCUUCAUCUUUGAUUGGAUUAGAUCGCGUCAACCAUGUUUGUAGCAGGUUAGGUUGCAGUGUCAUGGCUGUUGAUUCAUCUGUGAGAAGUCAACCCCCAGCAGGUCUGAUAACGGGUAACAAUGCAGUUCCUAGGGCGGUUUUUGGACACAGUCUCCACUGUGUCAGCCCUCUUCACCAAACCAUACCGGGUCCGGGACGUGCCGCUGUCUGACUAUGAUGGAAGAGGCAAAGUCAAGCUGAAAGAGGAAGGACGCCUGGUCCUGUACAGAAACGUCCAGAACCCGUCAUGGGACUGUCUGCUUAUGUGUCCUGAGACGCCAGCUAUGGCUCUGAGACUGUUUCAGGUGACAUCAGAGGAGGAUGCCAUGAACUGGUUCCCGCAGUAUGCCCUCAAGCUUCGCCCUUUCUAUGAGACACUUCCUCUGAAGGCUGAGAACACCCAGGCAAUCGUGGACUGUAUCCGCAGCCACCCAGACUGGAGCUCCGGCCACAUCGCUGUGGAAAAAGGCCUGAGAAUGUGUCUUAAACAUAACUAUGUCCAGAGUCAGAUCAAUGCUCGUGACGCAUCAGGUCAGACACCGCUGCAUCUGGCAUGUGAGCGUGGUGACACAGUGUGCGUGAAAGAGCUGUUGGAGGAAAGCCAGGCUCGCACUGACAUCAAAAACCACAAUGGAGAGACACCCAUGCACUGCGCCGCCAAGCAGGAUUCGCCUGCUCUCAUCCAGAUCCUGUGCUCACGGUUGUGCACGGGGGUGAACGAGUUGAACAAUGCUGGGGAGACACCGCUGCACAUUGCCUGCCGUCUGGGACGCAUGGGGGCCGUCAGAGGUCUGCUGGACGGUGGGGCCAAGUGUGAUGUCAUUGGUGGCGCCGGCUACCCCAUCCACAGUGCAAUGAAGUACAGUGAGAAGGGCUGUGUGGAGGAGAUCCUCAGAGCAGAUCCAGAGCAGCUACGGGCUGAGGACGCUUUGUAUGGAGGGACGCCUCUCCACUGGGCCAAAACUGCUGAGAUGUGUCGGACACUGCUGGAGCAAGGCUGCUCAGUGAACUACCUCAGUAAAACGGGGGAGAGCGCCCUCCACAUUCUGACCAAGAGGGGCCGCUUUGAGGCGGCCAUGGUGCUGCUCACCCACGGAGCGGAUGCUAAUCUGAAGGGGCAGGAUGGGAACACAGCCCUGCACCUAGCUAUGAAGAUGGACCACAUAGACAUGAUCAAAGCUCUGAUUGUCUUCGGAGCUGAUGUGGAGAUUCACAACGACCUGGGAGAAUCACCUGGACUCAUUGCAGCACGCAGCAGCAAAGGUGCUAAUAGAAAGAUACUGCUGGACAUGCUGUGUAGUGUAGGGGUCCAGAGGUGCCUCCCCCCCUCUCCCAGCAGUGCUCCUCUCAUCUUAAACAACGCCAGGCCUCCAGGCAUAGGAUUUGAUGACAUCAUGCAUGUCGGUGCUGCAUUCGGUGCAAUGAGCAGAGGCACAACUGAUGUGGACGGCCCCACUGGGGUGAAAAAGAAAAUGGACAGACUGCUGUGUCUGGAUGGUGGAGGUAUAAGAGGCCUGGUGCUGAUCCAGAUGCUCAUCUCUCUGGAGAAAGAGGCUGGUCGGCCCAUCCGAGAGCUCUUUGACUGGGUGGCCGGCACUAGCACCGGGGGCAUCCUGGCCCUUGCUGUAGUCCAUGGAAAGUCCACGGAGUAUCUGCGCUGCCUGUACUUCAGGAUGAAGGAGCAGGUGUUCAGAGGAUCACGGCCCUAUGAAUCGGCACCACUAGAGGACUUCCUGAAGAAAGAGUUUGGCGAGCACACCAAAAUGACAGAUGUCCAGUACCCCAGGGUGAUGGUGACAAGUGUUCUUGCAGACAGACAUCCAGGCGAGCUGCACAUCUUUAGGAACUACAGCCCUCCCUCCAUCCACAGAGAGCCCUCAUAUACCACCACUGCCACAUUCCAGCCCCUCACCAUCCCACAAGGAUGGGAGGAUGAGGAUGUGUUGAUGAUAGGAUACACAGAGGAGCCUGCCAGAAAGCGUAGAAGGGUGACAGAUGAAGAACAGCUUGUGUGGCGAGCUGCCCGCUCCAGCGGUGCUGCUCCCACCUACUUCCGACCAAUGGGCCGCUUUCUGGAUGGAGGGCUGCUGGCCAACAACCCGACACUGGAUGCCAUGGCGGAAAUCCACCAGUACAACAAAGUUUUAAAAGCAGAGGGCCGUGGGAAAGAGAUCAAGAAGUUGGGCAUAGUGGCCUCCCUUGGUACAGGUAAACCUCCUCAGGUGGUGGUGAACUCUGUGGAUGUUUUCCGGCCCUCCAACCCUCUGGAGCUGGCCAAGAGCUUUGUAGGAGCAAAGGAGCUGGGCAAGAUGCUGGUGGACUGCUGUACAGACUCUGAUGGCUGUGCAGUGGACCGAGCCAGAGCCUGGUGUGAAAUGACGGACACCAUCUAUCACAGAUUGAGCCCCGAGCUGUCACAGGACGUAAUGCUGGAUGAAGUGAGUGACACGGUCCUGGUGGACAUGCUGUGGGAAACUCAGAUGUACCUAUAUAAGAAGAGGGACAUCCUCCAGUCCCUGGCAAAGGUGCUGCUGGAUAACUAACAGCCCAAGAAAAUCUCAAGGAGAGGCUGUGAAGAUGGGACUAUGAGGACAAAGGAGAGUCCUGUGCUUGGAGGCUGUGACUAAAUUGGGUCACAAGGCACAAAUAUUACUGAGUCAUGUGGUGGAUUCAAGGUUGUGUGUGUGUGUGUGUGUUCUUUCUUUAGGACAAACCUGUUGACACAAUGAGACCACAGUGACUUUAAUAUUUACUCUGAAAUGUCAGUGCACAGGAGCUAAUGUGCAGAACAACAACUGACUUAAAGUCUAUGAAGGGUACGUUAUGUAGCAUCAUGUUAACUUUACUGUUUAUAUACAAAGCAAUGAAGGACAGAGUGUAGAGGUUUCCCUUUUUUAUUAUA